AUGGGAAGCAAAAUACCACCAUGGAAACCUAUUCUACAAAACAUCAUUAACGAAAAUAUGAAAACAAACAUAAAUUCGGUUCACAUGCAAUUUGCUACAUAUAACUCGGCGACUCUACGCCCAGCAAACAGAACUGUGGUUUUUCGUGGGUUUGCUGGCGAAAAGAGUACCCAUCAUAACUAUGAUAACAGUGAUGGUGAACCAACACCAGUUGUGGCUGUUGAGCCACAGAUUGAGAGUGGCUUGUUAGUGAUAACGACAGAUAUCAGAUCUCAGAAGAUUAAACAUCUUUCGCAAAACUCUAGUUUUGAAGUGGCGUGGUGGUUCACCGUAACAGGCGAACAAGUUCGCCUUACCGGUGACGCAUACAUACUUCCGCACCCAUCACACCCACUCCUCACAGCUUUCCCAUCAAAAACCCUCGCAACACACCACUUUACUCCACCAACAUCAGCGUUUAAUUGGGAAACGGAAAGAAUACGAUUCUGGCAUAAAAUCUCUGAUGAAAUACGCGCGUCUUUUACGCGUCCAACCUCAGGAAUUCCGAUUAAUGAACAAGAACAGGAGAAUUGUUUAGAAAAGUUGUCGGCUGUGGGAGAAACAGAGUCUGAAAAAGAGCAGGUGAAUAAAGCGUUGGAGAAUUUUGCGUUGAUUGUCAUGAAGGUGGACGCGGUUGAUUAUUUACAGUUGUACGCGACUCCAAAUAAACGUACGAAAUGGUCUUUUGAUGAAACUACCAAUCAGUGGGUAUCGAUAAAAGUUGUUCCAUAA